AUGACUCCGCCAAGACGGCCGAAACCAUCCACUACAAAGAUGACUAAAUUAAAAUUGUUGUACCGUCGGCGAACAAAUGUCUUGGGAUCAGCCGAAUUGAUUAAAACAUUCGACGAGCAAUUUGAUCUCACUCAAGGUGAUCAACUACCGGUUAGAAUCCAACGUUUGGAUGACUUGUGGCGCGAUUUUGAAUUGAUCCAAGAUGAAAUCGAGGUUUUGGAAGACGCUGAGGAUCAAUUUUCGGACGAACGUAGAGAAUUUCAAAAUAUGUAUUUUGUAUUGAAGGCGUCGUUGCAGGGCAAAUUACCUACUCGCCCACCUCUGGCGCCCCCCUUACCAUCGAUGCCAGCAUCGGCUCAACCAAUUGCGAAUAUACGUUUACCUGAAAUUUCAUUGAAACAAUUUUCUGGUAAAAUUGAUGAUUGGGUAUCUUUCCGCGAACUUUUUGUGUCACUGAUUCAUAAUAAUCAGCAACUUGGGGCAGUACAAAAGCUGCAUUAUUUACGAGCGACGCUUUCCGGAGAAGCUGCUGGAAUUUUGUCAUCACUCGAACUAUCAGCCAACAACUAUAACGUUGCUUGGAAGAUGUUACGAGAACGGUACGAAAAUAAAAGUUUUCUGAUUAAGCGACACAUGUCGGGAUUGUUAGCACUGUCUUCGUUGAAAAGAGAAUCGUCAUCAGGAUUGUCUGAGUUGGCUGACGAAUUUGAUCGUCAUGUUCAACUACUGGACAAGCUCGAAAAUGCGGAAGACCACUGGAAUUCGUUCCUGGUGGAACGACUGAGUAGUUGCCUGGAUCCCAUUACACUGCGGGAGUGGGAAACUCAAAUAUCGGAAAUAGACAAAUCUACAUACAAACAACUCCUUGAUUUUGUACACAAAAGAUCGCGAAUUAUACAAACCCUAACAAUCUCUCAUCAUGGCAAUCCACAUUCGGAAUCAAAACAUAAACCUCGUCUCGCCAUAGCCCAUGUUGCUUCAGAGAACAUUACAAGGUGUCCUAGUUGCAAGCAAGCACAUUUAUUAUUCCAGUGCGACCAGUUUCGUACGCUAAUACCACAACAACGGUUCGAAUUUGUAAAGAAGCAUGGGCUAUGUAUCAACUGUCUCAAAACCUCUCACCUUGCAAAGGAUUGCUCCAGCGGAUCCUGUAAAAGCUGUUCCAAGAAACAUCAUACUUUGUUGCAUUUACCACCGGUGCAACCAUUCACAAGGAAAACUCAGACAUGUUUCCUAUCCUGCCAAUCCGUUGAAGCAUCUUGCUCGCAAGGCGAUAAAUCGUCGGUCUCGAAUGCCAGUUCGGUUAGGCACACGGUAGCCUCACCACUCGUCGCCUCGCCGCAAAAUUCGGACGCAAUUUCGGUUGAUAUCGCUCCCUCGUCGUCGUCGGUUGACAGAUCGUUCGUUAACGUAAACAAUCACCAUCCAUACACCUCCUGUCAAAGUGCUCAAGUGAAAACGACUUUUCGUAAUAAUCUAGUGAUGUUAUCAACUGCAAUUAUAAAAGUGAGAGAUGCGGAUAACAACUUCCAGUUUGCCAGGGCGCUUCUCGAUAGUGGUUCUCAACCUAGUUUCAUCACCGAAGCGCUGUGUCAGAAACUUCGUCUAAAACGUUCCAAAUUAAACUCGCCUGUCAGUGGAAUCGGACAAUCCACCGUAACCGUUCAUCAUGGUGUCGCACUAUCUCUCUCGUCUCGUUUUGGCAACUAUAACUACAACCUCAAUUGCUUAGUGCUCCCUAGGCUCACAGUAUCGCUUCCCAGUCAUCACAUCGAUGUCUCACGAUGGAAGAUUCCUCUACACCUCCCACUAGCGGAUCCACAGUUCAACAUCAGUCAAGGGAUUGAUAUCAUCAUCGGAGCCGAGUUGUUUUUCAAUUUGCUAGAAAAUCAGCAAGUUUCGUUAUCUAAUGGUUACCCACUUCUUCAGAAAACCACUCUGGGAUACAUUAUCUGCGGAAAGGUUAUGGAGCCAAUCCUCGAACCAGUUGCAACACAAAGCAGCCAUGUCUGCUCGGAAGACCUGCUCGAUUCUCGACUCGAGCGAUUCUGGGAGAUUGAAAAUUUUGAUGAUGGAAAAGCGUAUACAUCUGAUGAACAAGUUUGUGAGGAGCAUUUCAAGAAGACCGUCUUUCGUGGUUCUGACGGACGUUACACAGUUCGUCUACCGUUCCGGCAAGAAAUGUUGAGGCUGAUUGGAGAUACGCACACUUCCGCUUUGCGUCGGUUCCUGUCAAUGGAGAAGAAGUUUGCUGAAAAUAAAGAUCUUCGCCAGGAAUAUUGCAGAUUUAUGGACGAGUAUAGCAGGCUAGGUCAUAUGGAGGUGAUUUCGCGCGCGUCGUGUAGCCCACAGUAUUUCUUACCCCACCACGCCAUACACCGUCCAGAAAGUUCAACUACAAAGAUAAGAGUUGUAUUCGAUGGCUCAAGUAGAGGUUCGACACAGUUAUCGCUCAACGACAUUCUGUUUCCUGGUCCAACCGUUCAACCUACAUUGUACUCUACGGUCAUAAACUUUCGGUUACCUCGUUACGCAAUUACUGCUGAUGUUGAGAAAAUGUUCAGGCAGAUUUGGAUCCAUCCGCAGGACCGUUGCUACCAGCAAAUACUUUGGAGAAGGGAUUCAUCGGAACCAAUCCGUACCUACCAACUGAAAACUGUUACUUAUGGUCUCGCCAGUUCACCGUAUCAUGCUACACGAAUUUUAAAUCAGUUGGCCAAUGAUGAGGCAGAACAUUUUCCAUUGGCGGUCCCUAUCAUACAAAAGGGGACAUUCAUGGACGACGUGCUACCUGGACAUGAUGAUCUACAGCUGAUCAGAAGAACGUGUGAGCAAUUACAGAAGAUGCUAAGCUCAGCCGGAUUUGUACUCAGGAAAUGGGCUUCCAACGAACCAUCCGUACUCGCUAGUAUACCACCGGAAUUGUGGGAAGUUUCUGCAGAGUUGGAAAUUGACCGUUCAGAGGCUGUGAAAACGCUGGGUCUAUUAUGGUUCCCUCAGUCGGAUACAUUCAACUUCAAAAUCCCAUCAAUGUCAGACCAGAGUCUAGUUACGAAAAGAAUCGUUGUUUCCGAAAUGUCCAGUCUUUUCGAUCCCUUAGGCCUUUUGGGUCCCGUAGUAGCAAACGCAAAAAUGUUCGUGCAAAGGCUUUGGGCAGAAAGUUUAUCGUGGGAUGAGCCACUUUCGGAAAACCACAGUGCUUGGUGGAGAAUCUACCGUUCUGACAUACCAAGUCUACGUUCAAUUGAAAUACCACGAAGAGUAUUAUUUAACACAAGAAGAGAAUAUCGUUUGCAUUGUUUUUGUGACGCUUCUAAGCGAGGAUAUGGAUGCUGCAUCUACGUCGUUUCACCAGAUGAUAGCGGAAAACUACACUCACAACUACUAACUUCAAAGGCUCGUAUCGCUCCGCUUCGAGGACAGACGAUACCAAGGUUAGAGCUUUGCGCAGCUCUAUUGGGAAGUCAGCUGAUGGACCAUCUUCGUAGAACCACUGAAUAUUCGAACCCUGUUACCUUUUGGACAGACUCGACAAUAGUACUGCACUGGAUUAAGUCGCAGUCCAACGUCUGGAAGGUAUUCGUUUCAAACAGAGUUGCGGAAAUACAGCGCCUGACGAAAGGAUCGCCUUGGAGACAUGUGCCCACCGAGGUAAACCCGGCAGACCGGCUCUCUCGAGGAACUCAAGCAAGUCAACUUCUGGGCGAUAUGUUAUGGUGGCAAGGUCCGAAGUAUAUAACGGCUCCAGAGGAACAAUGGCCUCAAAGCGUCAUAGUACAACCAAUCCAACAGAUGAUAGACGAGGAAGCCCGUGUCGGAAAGGAUCCAUGGACCAUUAACCCCUUGCGAAUACCAAUUUGGUCUGAAAGUUCUUAUCGUCGUAACAUACCAGUAGAUCCGAAAGAACUUGAUCCCAAAUCUGCACUAAAAUCUAUAAACUGUUUUGUGGAUGAAGUGGGAGUGUUCAGACUCGAUGGUCGUCUCAAGUAUAAGGAUGCUCCGUAUGAUUCGCGUUGUCCAAUGAUACUACCCGUAAAUAACAAGCUUAGUUGGCUGAUCGCUCGAUCAUUACACAUCCAAACACUGCACUCUGGACCAACGUUACUACUGGCAACCAUUCGUCAACGAUUCUGGCCGCUUCAUGGGCGUCGUCUUGCUCGCAGGGUAGUACGCAAUUGUAUAACCUGUUAUCGGUGUAAUCCACGUACAGCACAUCAACAAAUGGCUCCACUUCCAUCUAGGCGGGUAACUCCUGCUCGAGCAUUUGCUUACAGCGGGUUGGACUACUGUGGGCCGUUUCUCGUUCGUCCGUUGAUUGGGAGAGGAGCGUCGGUAAAAAUCUACGUCGCGUUAUUCGUGUGCUUAGUGGUGAAGGCAAUACACCUCGAGGUUGUCGCCGAUCUAACGUCGGUCGCGUGUAUCAACGCCGUCAAGCGUUUCGUAUCUCGUCGAGGUCGUGUGCUCGAAAUACAUUGCGAUAAUGCGACUGCCUUCGUCGGGGCAGAUCGUGAGCUCAAGGCUGCGAAUAAAGCCUUCCGCGAACAGUUUCAAACCAAGGAAUGGCAAAACUAUACAACGGACCAUGGAAUCAAGUUUCGCUUCAUCCCGGCCAGAUCGCCUCACUUCGGUGGGCUUUGGGAGGCAGGAAUUAAAUCGUUCAAAUAUCACUUCCGUCGCAUCAUGGGUUGCAAGGCAUUCACCAUGGACCAGUUCGUAACGGUCGUAACUCAAAUAGAAGCUAUCCUCAAUUCUCGUCCAUUAACUCCGUUAUCGGAUGACCCACAGGAUAUUUCUGCUCUAACGCCAGGACAUUUCUUGAUUGGAGAACCGUUAUUUUCAAUUCAAGAGCCUGAUUUAAUCGAACUGAAUACAAAUCGUUUAUCUCGCUUACAGGAUAUGAAACGAUCCGUUCAAGAUUUGUGGAAGCGCUGGUCUAGGGACUACUUAAGCCAGCUACAACAACGGUCGAAAUGGAAGCAAGCUACAACGGAUGUUCGAGUCGGGCAGUUGGUUUUACUGAAACAAGAAAAUAUGCCUCCGCUUCAGUGA